AUGAAUAAUUUUAAGAUCAAUGUAGCAUCUAAGUUAUCUAAUGAUAACAUUAAACUGCAGUACCUCCUGCAGUUAUGUAAGGGUAAAGCCCGCAGUUGUAUAGACAGCUGUCCUUUGAUGGAAUCUGGAGGCUACGAUAAGGCUCUUGAUAUAUUAAGAAAACAGUUUGGCCAGCCUCACAUAAUAUUAAGUGCUUUGAUGAGUGAUAUGCUUAAUAGAAAGCAAAUCAGUGUAGGUGACGGUGAAGCACUAUGGUCACUUGUUAGCGUAAUGAAGAAAUGCAAUGUAACGUUAACUCAAAUGGGGUACACUAGCGACCUCAAAAGUACGAGCAAUCUAUUAAAGGUUCAAUCGUUAUUGCCUACUGCUUUGCAGAACAAAUGGGCAAAUGUAGCUCAUGAUAUUUUAGAGAGUAGUGAACCCACAUUUUUGGAUAUGCUUAAGUUUGUAGAAAAGCAAGCAGAAAUAUCGUGUAAUAUGUUCAGCAGAAGUGUUGGUAAAGCUGGGAGUAGAUUACAUACACCCAAAGAAGUAGAAAGGCCGAAAGUUAGGACUAAUGUUGUUAAAACUUCGAAGCGUUCUGGGUUCAUGAAGAAAGGCGAGGUCAAGCGAAAGAACCAUACGCCAUUAGAACCUCCCUUGGAUGGUGCGUAA